AGGGCAGGACAGGACAGCCGGACACGGGCGGCGGGAGCAGCACCCGCUCCGCGCUCCCGCAGCACCCAGCGCUGCACCCCGCAGCUUUCGGGGGGGGGGGGAGCCCCCAGUCCCCCCCCAGGGGCCAUGGGCAUCCAGGGCAUGGAGCUGUGCGCCGUGGCUGUGGUCAUCCUCCUCUUCAUCGCCGUCCUCAAGCAGUUCGGCAUCCUGGAGCCCAUCUCUGUAGAAGACAGCGGCGAUGCCGACGUGGAGCUCCCGACCAUCCGGCACCAACCCGAGGGGCUGGAGCAGCUGCUGGCUCGGACCAAGUUCACCAAGUCGGAGCUUCAAUCCCUCUACCGUGGCUUCAAGAACGAAUGUCCCAGCGGCCUCGUGGAUGAGGAAACCUUCACACUCAUCUACUCGCGGUUCUUCCCUCAAGGCGACGCCAGCUCCUACGCCCACUUCUUGUUCGACGCCUUCGACGCCGACCGCAACGGGGCUCUCUGCUUCCAGGAUUUCGCGGUGGGGCUCUCGGUGCUGCUGCGGGGGACGGAGCAGCAGAAGCUGAGGUGGACGUUUGACCUCUACGACGUGAAUAAGGACGGCUACAUCAGCAAGGAGGACAUGCUGGAGAUCAUGAAAUCCAUCUAUGCCAUGAUGGGCCGCUGCACCGAGCCCGCCCUGGGGGCCAGCGCCCCGGCCCAGCACGUGGAGCUGUUCUUCCAGAAGAUGGACAGGAACAGGGACGGCGUGGUGACCUUCGAGGAGUUCCUGGCCACUUGCCAGGAGGCAAACAAGAAGUUCCAAGUCAGGAGAAAUCCAGCAUGUGGCUCCCUGAGAUGGGACAGGACAAAGACAACGCUGCCACCAGAGCCAGCCCAGCACGGAGCUGCCAGACAGACCCGUUUUGGGGGGCUGAGCCUCCCCUCCACACGGACCCCCCCCGUGGCAGUGCAGGGACCUGACCCAGCACAAACCCGACCCCAGGAACUCCUGGGACACAGGAAUUGCCGGGGUGUGAGGACCCUCAGAGAUGGGACCCCCCAGGGCAGCGACCCCCCGGGAUGUGGGGGCUCUCUGGGUGAGGGUCUCCACACCGCAGCUGUGAAAUGGAGCCCCCAAACACCAACCACAAGCACACAGCCCCUCUUCCCCACAACACUCAGGGGACCCCCUAUGAAGCCCCCUCACCCAAGAGCCUGGAGAGGGGGGGAAUUUUAUAAAUAAACCAAAUAGUGACGAUUUAGGGGUGAAAUGGA